AGAGAGAUGAGAGGACUGAGAGGAGAGAGAGAGAGAGAGAAAUGACGUUAUUUGACAACGUGCCCAAAAUCCUUAAUGAAUAACUUAGGACGCGUAGGAGGCAAAUGCUGCCCCAGCUGUUCCUGUUGAAAAAUGUCUGUGUAAUGUAGAUAAUGUGAGGGAUUUUCUCUCUAAAUCGUCUCCUGUUCGCUAAAUCUCACUUCUCCAAACGAGCGUGCGCAAUGGAACAAAGUGGGAAUAUUGAGAUGUGACAUUGGCCGCAUCUCGUCGUCUUUCUGGCCGUUUUUUAAUGACUUUAAACAAGUUGCUUCUCGCCGGGCUGAGUGUUGCGGAGAGCCGCGGGGAUGUCCAGCGCUCUGUCCUUCCAGUGGCAUUUAUGUGAUGUCUUCAAGAGCGCCAUGUGCAGCAUCUCCUGUGGCUACGCCCUCUCGCUGCUGCUGUGCGUCCUCAGCCUGACUCCUCCGGUCACGGGGGCGGGGCCAGAGACCCUGUGCGGGGCGGAGCUUGUGGACACGCUGCAGUUCGUGUGCGGAGAGAGAGGCUUUUAUUUCAGUAAACCAGGCUACGGCCCCAACACACGGCGGUCACAUGGCAUCGUGAACGAGUGCUGCUUCCAAAGCUGUGAGCUGCGGCGCCUGGAGAUGUACUGUGCACCUGCCAAGGCUAGCAAGGCGGCUCGCUCUGUGCGCGCACAGCGCCAUACAGACAUGCCGAGGGUGCCGAAGGUUAGUACUGCAGGGGUCAAAGUGGACAAGAGCUCAGAGCGUAGGACGGCGCCGCAGCCAGACAAGACGAAAAACAAGAAGAGACCUAAUCCUGGACAUAGUCAUUCACCCUUCAAGGAGGUGCAUCAGAAAAACUCAAGUCGAGGCAGUGGAGGGGGAAGAAAUUACAGGAUGUAGAGAAUGAACCAAUGGACAAAUACCCAGUGAUUUGAGAAGACAGAAGGGAGUGGCCUUACCUGGUACCUUUGUGGAAUGGUUCACUGUAAAACAAAACCAUGAGGAUGCUCACAAUGGUCCGAUCAGCUCGCUUCAAAAUGUCUGAAACCUAAAAGCUAGCAGCGUUUAGAGGGGAUCUUCUGAUUAUUUUGUACACUGCACCAUUCCAUAUCGGGAGGAAUUCUUUGUUAAUGCAAUGUAACAGACUAGUUUAGCUGCUGACACACGAACAAGAGCUCAUUAUACCUCUACGCGAGAGCUGUAGCAUCCCUUGGCUCCGAGAAGGUGGGAACAGGGCAUCCGUCAGAAAGUGACAGACUUUGUCCGGUGCCCUGAACUUUGAGGAGGAUAAAUCCUUUGACGCUGAAAUUUUUGGCCGUGCGGCUGUUCAGUAAGUAAGUCACAUAACAGUUGUUAAAAUCUGAUUAAGAGUUUCUUCUGGCAUAAAGACGUCUACAUCUGUU